AUGGGUAUCUUUGGUAACAGGUCUAACAAAGACAGUAUAGUCACUUCAAGUGACGAGGUUGAACUUGAUGGGUCGCAAUACAGAAUAGAUGGAGAUGUUAUUGAAAUUGAGAGUGACAACCUAUCUUUCAUAAGUGGUGAUAUAUCUUUGAUGGACAAUUCUCCAUAUCCUGAAGUUCGUGAAGUUGUCCCAAAUACAGAUGAUCCUUCAAUUCAAAUAAACCAUUGGAGAACUUGGGUACUAACUACAAUAUUUGUCAUUGUAUUUGCCGCUGUUAACCAAUUCUUCUCAUUACGUUAUCCAAGUUUAACCAUCAAUUUUCUUGUUGCCCAAGUUGUUGCUUAUCCAAUUGGUAAAUUCAUUGCCAAAAUUAUGCCAGAUGUGAAAUUCAAAUAUUCUUGGUUCAACCUAAAUCCAGGCCCUUAUACAAUUAAAGAACAUGGUAUUUUAACAAUCUGUGUUGCUUUAACAUCAUCUACAGCUUAUGCUAUGAAUAUUUUAAUUUCCCAAACAAAUUUCUUCAAUAGAGAUUUUGGUAUAGGAUAUGAAGUUUUGUUAGUCUGGACAACCCAAUGCUUGGGAUAUGGAUUAGCUGGACUAACAAGAAGAUUUAUUGUUGACCCUCCAAGUAUGAUUUGGCCACAAACUUUGAUCUCAGUCUCAAUGUUUGAAGCUUUACAUUCUUCAAGAAUUGACAAGACCAUUGUCAAUGGAUGGAAAAUUUCAAGAUACUAUUUUUUCUUGAUUGUGAUGAUUAUUAACUUUGUUUGGUAUUGGUUCCCAGGUUUCAUCUUUACAGGAUUAUCUUAUUUCAAUUUUAUUUUAUGGGGCCCAUUAACUAGACAUAAUUUUGUUGCAAAUUUCAUAUUUGGUGUCGUUGGUGGGAUUGGUGUCAUUCCAAUCACAUUUGAUUAUACACAAAUUUCCCAAGCAAUGUCAGGCUCUGUUUUCGCUACGCCAUAUUGGGCUAUUGCAAAUACUUAUGCUUCAGUUUUCAUUUUCUUUGUUUUAUUGUUGCCGAUCUUGUAUUUCACAAAUACUUGGGAUGCUAAGUAUUUACCAGUCAUUUCAACUUCAACUUUUGAUAACAGACAAAAAAAAUACAAUGUUACCAGAAUCCUAGGUGAUAAUUUCGUUAUUGAUAAGCAAAAAUAUAGGGAAUACUCACCAUUAUUUGUGCCCUUUUCAUAUUUAUUAAGUUAUGCAUUGAAUUUUGCUGCCGUGGUUAGUAUUUUUUUCCAUUGUUUUUUGUAUCAUGGUAAAGAUAUCUAUCAAAAAGUUAGGGAUUCAAGAGCAGGCGGUCAAGAUAUUCAUAGAAGAUUGAUGCAAAACUAUAAAGAAGUUCCAGAUUGGUGGUAUGCUGUAUUGUUUGUGAUCUUUUUAGCCUUAUCGUUUGUUACAGUCUGUCAUUGGGAUACUGGAUUUCCAGCAUGGGGGUUAGUGAUUGCACUGUUGAUCAGUAUUGUUACUUUUAUCCCUGAAGGUAUUAUCGAAGCUUUAUCAAAUCAAGAAGUUGGAUUGAACAUUAUCACAGAAUUAAUUUGUGGUUAUAUGUUGCCUUUCCGUCCAAUGGCUAAUCUAUUGUUUAAAGUUUAUGGGUUUAUUGUUAUGAGACAAGGUUUAAACUUAUCUAGGGAUUUGAAAUUGGGCCUUUACUUGAAAAUUGCACCUCGUAUGUUGUUCUUUAUCCAGAUCUAUAGUACAUUACUAGCUGGUGUUACACAAGUUUUGGUGCAAAGAUGGAUGAGAUUUCAUAUCAAAGAUAUUUGUUCAACUUCCCAACCUGAUGGAUUUAUCUGUGCAAGUGGUCGUACUAUAACAAACGCUGCAAUUAUUUGGUCAAUUCCACAGUAUUUAUUCACUCCAGGACAGAAAUACUCUCCAUUGUUAUUAUUUUUCAUUAUUGGCCCAGUUUUCACUAUUGGCGCUUGGUUAUUACAUAAAAAAUGGCCACAUAGAUGGAUCGGUAAGAUUAAUGCUCCAUUAUUCUUUGUUGGGCCUGGUAAUAUUCCACCAUCCACACCAUAUAACUAUAGUUGCUAUUUCGCUCUGUCUUUUCUAAUAAACAAGGUUAAAAACAGAUGGCCAAGAUGGGAUGCUAAAUACAGGUAUGUGAUGGGUGCAGCAGUGGAGACUGGAGUUGCUGUUGCCGUUGUUAUUGUGUUUUUAUGUGUUCAAUACCCAGGUGGUACCCUAAAAUGGUGGGGGAAUACUGUUUACCGUGAUACUAUCGACUUCAAAGGUACUCCAUUUUAUACAUUGGGUAAAGGUGAAACUUUUGGACCAGAUAAAUGGUGGUGA